GCUGAUUGAACUACAAGGCAGCAACAGAACACGCAGAUCUCGCAUUGGAACAAAUAAUAACUUUUCUUGCAAUUGUUCUUAUUGCAAAUUGUCUUAUUUUAUUCAUUCGUAAGCAUGUCAUUCCUGCGAAAAUCCGUUAAACUGUUGAGUGCCGUUGGCGCGGUCAAGAAUAAUGCCAAAAUGAUUGAUCAGCUUGGCGCAGUGAGUGCACACAAAGGCUACAGUUCCAGUUCCAGUGGAAGGUCAGCGGAGAAUCGUGCCACGUUUCCAGGUGCUCGUGAUGCUCCAUUUGUGAACGAUCUAAAGCUAACGAUGCCCGAGGAUUAUGCGCCCAUACCCAUUUAUCGGGUAAUGGAUCGUGAUGGCUAUAUACUCAAUGACAAUGAGGAUCCACAGCUUAGCAAGGAGGUGGUCGAGAAAAUGUUCCACGACAUGUUGCUGCUGUCCACAAUGGACAAAAUCUUAUACGAGUCCCAGCGACAGGGUCGAAUCUCUUUCUACAUGACCAACUUUGGUGAGGAGGCUUCGCAUAUUGGUAGUGCUGCUGCAUUGGAAAUGCGUGACAUUAUAUAUGGCCAGUACCGUGAGGCAGGUGUUCUUGUGUGGCGUGGAUUCCGAAUCGAUCAGUUCAUUGAUCAAUGCUAUGGCAAUGUGGACGACCUUGGACGUGGAAAACAAAUGCCUGUGCAUUAUGGCUCCAAGGAGCUUAACUUUGUUACCAUCUCCAGUCCGUUGUCUACACAAAUACCACAGGCUGUGGGUGCCGCCUACGCCUUGAAACGUCGUCCGGACAACGAUGCCUGUGUUGUUUGUUACUUUGGCGAAGGCGCCGCCUCCGAAGGCGACACACACGCUGCAUUCAACUUUGCUGCCACACUCGAGUGUCCAGUUAUAUUGUUCUGCCGCAACAAUGGCUUUGCCAUAUCCACACCUUCCAAUGAGCAAUAUAGAGGCGAUGGCAUUGCUGGACGUGGUCCUAUGGGCUAUGGUAUUGCCACAAUCCGUGUCGAUGGCACGGAUGUCUUUGCCGUGUACAAUGCCAUGAAGAAGGCACGAGAAUAUGUGCUGCGGGAAAACAAACCCAUUGUGUUUGAGGCGCUCGCUUAUCGUGUGGGACAUCAUUCUACCUCAGAUGACAGUACCGCCUAUCGUUCAGCAGAUGAAAUCGAAGUGUGGAACACCUUGGAGCAUCCUAUAUCCAAGCUCAAGAGUUACAUGGUUCACAAGGGCUGGUUUAAUGAGCAGCAAGAAACCGAAUUUGUUAGCAGCGUGCGGAAGCAGGUGCUCAAGCAAAUUGCCGUUUCAGAGAAGAAGCUCAAGCCGAAUUAUCGCGAAAUGUUUGAGGGUGUCUACGAUACAAUUCCCGAACACCUCCAGGAGCAGCAGCGAGAGCUGGAGCAGCACAUCGAAGCGCAUAAGGAAUUCUAUCCGCUGAAAAACUUCAAGCAAUAGACGUAAAUUAAGCAACUGCAAACGAUUCUACAACAUUUAACCGGAGAGACUCUAUCAAAAGUGCAUUUAUUAAGCUUAAGCAAUAUAUUCUUUUUUGUUCGUUAUUGGGUCUAACCCAAAACAAAGCAAUUUAUCAUUGUUGUUAAAUACUUAGACAACCUGUUAAUUCAAGUUAAAUACUUGUUUUAUUUAGUGACCAUUUUAAUAUACAUUUUUGGUGUUUUAGCAGCCCCGCUGAAUAGUUUGAAAUAUGUGAAAAUGUAUAAUAUUUACUCAAGCAUUUUACUUAUGUGAAACUGACUUAAAAUACAUAUGGUUUGGAAAAUGA